UCGGAAAGUUCCUAGUGGAUUCCGGGUCGCCUAUCACGAUCAUCCCGGUCAAGGAUCAUGAAAGAAGCCAACCUUCAGUAGAUUCUGGACUCAAGGACGCUAGUGGGAGAUCGAUUCGUGCUUACGGCAAGACGCUGGUGAACAUACCUGUCAACGACGAGCAAUUCUCCUUUGAAGCCACACGAUGCGAUGUUGUCCGGCCGAUUCUCGGUCGAGAUUUCUUCAAAGGUCCUGGAAGAAAUUUUUUAAUCGAUAUUGGUGAGGCUAAACUAUUAAAGAGAACUAACCCUUGUUUCGCGUCAUCCAUUUCCGUCAACGAGUCGAACGUCGUCUGCGCGUUGGCUCUCCCGUCAACAGCAUUGAAUCCUUGUGCUCCUAAUUUCUAUCCACUCUGGCAAUUGAAGGCGUGCAGAGAUCAGGCAGAACAGAUGCUCGAAACUUUCUGCAACGAAGUGGGAGAGGACAACGGAAAUUCCCCAGCGCUUUUCGCUCCUAUCCGUAUUGACACGGGAGGAAACUCACCCGUCUUCUCCAAGAGUCGCCCCCUUGCCGGUGAAAAGGCAAAGUUUGUCCAAGAAAAGUUGAGAGACCUGGUUAAUGCAGGAAUUUUAGAAGAGGUAAUCGAUCCAAUAGAAUGGUCAUCGCCAAUUCAUGUGGCACCAAAGAAAUUACCUGACGGAAGUAGUGGAGGCUUCAGACUUUGUGGAGAUUACCGGAGGUUAAACGUGAUCACUGAUCUGGACCG